ACAUGUAUUUUUAAAAUGCCACAAUUGAACUCACCCCCUUGUUAUAACAAUAAGUCACCUGAUCUUUCCUACUCCUAACCUCAGUUUUAAGUUUACGAAACGUCAAAUCACAAACGAAAAGGGGCGUCGAAGACAACAAUGAGUAAACAUCCCUACAAUUACGGUGCUACUGCGUCCACUGACGUAGGUUUCAUCGGUAAGCGCUCCCCCGAAUUCAAUAAUUUAUGCGAUGGCGUCGUAACAAACAUUUACACAAUCAACUCAAGUCUCAAGACCUUAGACAACGCUUUAAAAACAAUCGGAACCAGAAAAGACAAUCAGGGAUUAAGAAGUUCAAUACACGUCACUCAAUUGAGCACAAACCAGAUCGCAUCAGUCACAAGCAAAGACAUUCACAAGCUCAAGCAACUUGUAUCCAAAAGCGAGAAACAGCAGCAGUUGCAAGUAGAAAAGUUAGAAGAGAAUUUUAAAGAAGCGAUCACGCGCUACUAUUCCUUACAAAAGGACUUGGCCAACAAGCAGAAAUCACAUUUAUUGGUUUCUGUAAGCAUAGAAAAUGACUACACGCCGGAAGAAGACACAGAACAGCAACGGCAAGCUCAGCUUGCACGCGAAAUGGCGUUUGAGCAAGAUAUGCUCAUGGAGAGAGAAGCUAGGAUUAAACAAAUUGAAGCCGAUGUACUUGAUGUUAACGAAAUCAUGCGCGAAUUGGGGUCCUUAGUGCACGCCCAAGCGGAAACAAUCGAUACUAUUGAAAAUAGCAUAGACCAUGCAACUGGCAAUGUGGAAGAAGCGACAGAACAGUUAAUUACAGCAGCGAGUUAUCAGAAUAAGUAUAGGCGCAAGUUGCUAUUCAUGGUACUGAUAGGACUUGCAAUAGUUGCAAUAAUUAUUAUAAUACUAGUUGUACAGUUUAAAAAGUAGCUGCGUAAUAUUACUUUUCUUUAUAAUUACUCAAACCUGUUUUUGUGGUGAAUAACUGCUUGAUAUAUUUAUAUACAGUAUACACAGACUUUUUAUAGCAACUAAUCUUAUCAUAGAAUUUAUAUUUAUUUAUGUAAUUAUCUUAAUCACAAAAUAUGAAUGAUAUUUA